AUGAAAUCGCUUCUCGCCGUCGGGAAUUAUGCAGAUGAGUGUAGUAACUCUGGAUGGCACAUGCACAGACAAGAUUUUUGCCCAGUAUAUGGGGCCAAAAACUGCCAACCACCUACUUGUUACAGAUUUACUCAUGGGCAGUGCUCAACUGUACUCUCCACAGGUGCAACAACAAUGAAAGACGUCUCCCCCCAUGGUGAUGAAAUUAUCUCCCCUGAGCGACAGCAUUUAAAUGAGCACAGCACAAAUAACCCAGCAGGUUCACGUCACCAAGAGCCCUCUGCACCUAUCGAAUGUGACCAUUCAAGUAGCAGUGACCUCGGCAGUCCAAUACUCGAGUGGGUAUAUGGCUACGACAGUGGAAUUCAGAAUGGAGUGCAUAGUCUCGGUAGAAGCAACGGGGGAAGAAAGGCCGUAUUCUUUCCCGCCUCCAACACGGGAGUAGUACAUUUUUACGCGGAUGAAGGGGGGGACCCUACCAGAUUCGCUUCUCAAGUGCUCUUGCGCGGUCACACCAACCGCAUAUCAGCUGUUGCUGUCUCCCAAGAUAGAAAGUGGAUUGCAACUGGUGACAUUGGAAAGAUAGCUGAAUCCGAAGACAUACCAAGCAAAUCCGCAUGUCAAGCUUCAGGCUACCGUGACUCCUCCCCUGGCAUUUUGGCCACCGCUACUUCAGAUAUGUAUCAGGGAGUGGCUAUUUGGAAUUGGAAGGAAUUUGGGAAUGCUCCUUUGAGGAUGGCGGUUAUUGCAAUCCCAGAUAUCCAGCACGAGAUCCGUUUUAAUCAAUGGGAUGUAAACGAGCUUUUGACAAGCGGUCGCCGACGCAUAUUGUUCUGGUAUUGGCACUGGGAUGACGUGUCCUUUCACUUCUACUCCCCAGCGCUACAGUCUAAAACUUUUCAACAGAAGGUGGGGGAUAUAACUACAUCCGUCUUUAUACCGCAGUCUACGAAAGCGCUUUCUGGUACCACCGACGGAGACGUGGUAGUGUGGAAUCUUAGCCUUAUUCUUGACGGGCUGAGUAGGCCAGAUGAACGGCGAGCUGUGUCUAUCCUCAAACUGCGAAACGCAUGCGUCACAUGUCUCAAGACAUUCCAAGCUCGUUGGAUUGUUUCAGGCUUUUCAGAUGGAGCUGUUUGUUUCUACGACCCACAGCUGCGUCUUGUUCGAUGUUUCGAAGACCUAAAUGCGGUCAGAUGUUUGCUGCUUGCCAGAUGUUUAGGUUACUUGAAGCUAUGGAAUACGGAGAGUCAUACAAUGCUGAGCAGCAUCUGCUUCGACAAGCUGUCUCCAACCGCUGCGGCGUUCAGCCCAUCUGGUAGAUAUCUAGCUAUUGGAUUUAGCAACGGCACGCUGAAGAUUUGCGAAUUAAGAAACUCAGAGAGCUUGGAUCCGCUAGCAACUACUGUUGGCGAAUGGGGGAAUCUGGUGGAGCUCAUUGGAGUACGAGAAAGCCGCGAUGGAGUCACACACGUGAGCCAUUUACCCAAUGCACCCUUUCAUUUCGACCAUCGUAUGGGGAACUCGCAGCUACCGGAGGAGUGGGCCUUUGCUGGGCUUAUGCAGCGGCAAUCGUGCAUUAUCGAGCAACGCGCCAUACCUUCUGGUUGUCUAGCCUUGCCUUCCCCUGUUGGGAAUACAGACACCGAGGUCCUAGUAUAUUCUAGUGACGCAAAGGCAAAGAUUUGGAGCGCAAAUUCAAUGUCAUGCGUCAAGACGGCCUCUGCUGCCAUGGGGCACAAUGGUAUACUGCAGUUAGCGGUGAUGCAAGAGUGGACCGAAGCCGAAUCUCCGGCGACGUUCAGUCCGAUCCUCAUUGGAGCGUGCAAGGAACAGCUACUCGGGGUCUACCAGCUCCCGCUUGACGGGGACCCCUUUAAAAACUUCAAUGUGGCUGCACACGCUGGCCCAAUCAUCGCAUUAGCUGCCUCAGCUCCUCACGCUGGGUGCACUUCCGUCUUUACGUGCGGAGGAAGCGACUUGACAAUUUUCCUCCUGAUUGCCCACUUCUUGCAUGUACAUGCCCCCACAGGACCAUCUGGAACGGCGUCAAUCGUGGAGCGGCUUCCUGGUGGAGUGACUGGUGACUUGUAUCGUAUAGCCAAGGAAUUCUUCUACUACGCACAGCUGCGAAGCCAGGGAGAGCACACGACACGUCGGAGGAGGCUUGGAGAGGACGUGCCCAUUGAAGAGAUCCCAAAUCUCCUUUGUGCCCUUGGUGAAGCACCAACUCUAUUGGAGCUUGGCAAUGUUAUGAGUGAAUGCAGAGGUGCAUCCGGCGUACUGCACCGACAAAGAGCAGAGGGCCAGAUAGGGGCUGCGCAUGAUACCCCCUCGAAGUCACACAGUGUCGCUUUUGAGCGCUUCCUGGAGCUCUACCUUAAUCAACGGGCAUCUAAAGCUUUCCACCAUUCUGACAUUAUCGACGCAUUUAAGCAGCUAAGCAAAGGCAGUGACACAAACGAAAUAUCUCCCGAAGAGCUAACGAGGCUGCUACUGACAAAAGGGGAGGUGAUGACAGAGGCUGAAUUGAGUCAUUGCCUUGAGGUACUGACUGGAGAGGCCUCUCUUGCUUCUUUAUGCAAACGAAGCAGCAUAACAGCGGACCUUUUCACCAGCCGAGUGCUUCAGAUGGACACUACAUUCAAUAAGUCAAGUUCUCGUUGGACCAGUUGA